AACUUCUGAUUUGAACAAACCGAGAGGCGGUCGGCGGAGUGCGCGGACAACAACAGACACAAAGGUGAAGAGAACAAGAGUUUUUCAGCUACAAACUCUUUACAGCCGUUUCGUUUUAUCUUUACCGGCCGUGACGGUUUUUUGUAUGACGGUGACUGACUAGCGAGAGCGUUAUUUUUCCUCUCGACAACGCUGACAAGGUGGAAAUAAAUAAAGGGAAACCUCUGACGACAAACACACAAGUAGGGGAAACAGAGGCACGGGAUUAAAAGAAAGCAUAUCCUGGUCAUUGUUCGUCACUGCUGGAUGGAGGAAACUGUUUCUACUUGAAGUUGGGGAAGCUGUCAUCUGUUUGCAGUGCUUUGUGUUUACAAGAGAUCCAGACACCCACAGUCAAGGGAGAGAUUUUAUUUUUUUAUUUUUUAAACAAGGCCAGCACCAAAUGUGUCCGUAAGACUCGCUCUUCACUUCACUCAGAGGACAUUAUGAUGACCCUAAUCUAAACCCUUCAGCAACCUUUCCCUCCCAUCUCCCCUCCCCACACCCUUUCCCAUCUCUAUCAUGACCAGUCUGAAGCGUUCUCAGACAGAGCGCUCGGUUGGGGGCUCAGUGCCGGCUACUGAUGAGUUCUAUACCCGCCGCCUGCGACUGCCCAAUGGAGGGGCACCACCACCCCGCAGUGAGAGCGCCCACAUCUCCUCCUCCUCCACCACUGGCACCAACCCCGGUGUUCCCAAAAUGGGGGUUCGGGCUCGUGUGGCUGAUUGGCCCCCAAGGAAAGAUGGAGGUGGAGGGGGUGUUUGGCAUAUCACUGUGGAAACAGACUCACCCAGCUCUACUAACACCACCAGCUCUUCAGGAUCAGGAAGUGGUGAUAGAGAAAGACUUAUAGGAGGAGGAGGAAGUGGUGGAGGAGGCGGCGGAGGAGGAGGAGGUGGUGGUGGUGGUGGAGGAGGAAGUGGUGGUGGUAGUGGUGGUGGGGUGGUGGUGGAGGAGGGGGUGUCAGCCGUCACGGCCCACAGCAAUCUGUCAGCCAAGCUGGGCCACCUGAUAAGCCCACAGGACUCAUCCAUGCUUCGCAACAUCCACAACACACUAAAAAACAAGAUGCAGAGCAAGGGAAAAGACAAUCGCUUCCUGUCACCGGAUGGCUAUCUGGGCUCACCCCGCAAAGGCAUGAGGCGCAUCCGCCAGCGCAGUAACAGUGACAUAACCAUCAGUGAGCUGGACGGGGAUGGCAAUGAGGGCUGGUCCUUCUCUGGGUGGACACCCAUGCACCGUGAGUAUGGCAGCACUUCAUCCAUAGAUAAACAUGGUGUGUCAGGAGAAAGCUUCUUUGACAUGCUAAAGGGAUACCAGUCGUCUGAAGCACCUGAUCAGCGAAGCCCCGCUCCAGAGAGGCUAACAGAGCUACUUACCGUGGCCCCAAUAAAACAGGCUGCCCUGGACCUGCCAGAUGGACCUUUAGGUCCAGCCAGAGGUAGUCCUGCCAGUCGGCUGAAAGAACGAGAGAAGCACUUGAAGAGGAGGUCAAAGUCAGAGACAGGUGGAGAGUCAAUAUUCCGUAAGCUGCGCAGCGUGAAGGUGGAGGGUGACACAUCGAGGACUGGCUCAGAUGUUGAGGAUGGGGGGAAAGGGGAUGAGAGUGGCCCACCUCCCAAACCCUGGGUGUGUCAAAAAGGAUUUUCCCAUUUUGAUGUCCAGUCUCUUCUUUUCGACCUUAAUGAGGCAAUUCAAAAUCGUCAAUCUGGGUCCAAACGCAAAAACACCACUACAGGUGCCUCAGCUGCCGCUGCCGCCUCUGCUUCGGCCACAUCCUCUCUAUCCUCCAAUCAGAGUGGAGUGUAUGGGUCACCCUGUGGCUCACAAGAGGAGCUGAGUAAGGAGGGGACAGGAGGAGGACACAGUACCAACCCUGCUUUGGACCCUGGUGAUGACAAGAGCAAUGACCUGGUGCUCAGCUGCCCUUGUUUCAGGAAUGAAAUUGGUGGAGAGGGUGAGAGGAACAUCUCUCCUGCGAAACAGGGCAGCAUAGGUAGUGGUGGGAGCUCAAGCAAUUCUUCUGGCAGUACAGAGGAAGGACCUUUGGAUGCCACUCUCACUACUCAUUUUACCAACGCCGGUGUAGCUGUGUUGGAGGCCACCAAGGACGGGCCAAGCCAACAUGCUGACAGGUCCAAACGAUACAUUGUGGAACAUGUUGACCUCGGCGCCUAUUACUACCGAAAGUACUUCUACCUCAGAGAACACUGGAACUACCUGGGGGUAGAUGAGAACCUGGGCCCAGUUGCAGUGAGUCUGAGGAGGGAGAAGUUAGAGGAAAACAAGGAGCAUGGUCAGCAGUACAACUACAGGGUCAUCUUCAGAACGAGUGAGCUAAAUACCCUGAGGGGCUCCAUCCUGGAAGAUGCAGUACCUUCCACAUCCAAGCAUGGUCUAGCUCGAGGCCUGCCCCUCAAAGAGGUGCUGGAGUACCUGGUACCUGAGCUAAAUGUCCACUGCCUGCGCCUGGCACUCAAUACACCUAAGGUCACUGAGCAGCUGAUGAAGCUGGAUGAACAGGGGUUGAGUUUCCAGCGGAAAGUGGGGGUGAUGUACUGCAUGGCAGGCCAGAGUAGUGAGGAGGAAAUGUACAACAAUGAAUCAGCUGGUCCUGCACUUGAGGAGUUCCUUCAUCUGUUGGGGGAGAGGGUUCGACUCAAAGGCUUCACCAAGUACCGGGCCCAGCUGGACACCAAGACUGACUCGACGGGCACCCACUCCAUGUAUACAACUUACAAGGAUUAUGAGAUCAUGUUCCAUGUGUCUACCAUGCUGCCCUACACACCCAACAAUAAGCAACAGUUACUGCGGAAGCGGCAUAUUGGGAAUGAUAUCAUCACGAUUGUGUUCCAGGAACCCGGGGCACUCCCCUUCACCCCCAAAAACAUUCGCUCACACUUCCAGCAUGUCUUUGUGAUUGUGCGAGCUCAUAACCCAUGUUCCGAGAACAGCUCCUACAGUGUGGCGGUCACUCGUUCCAAAGAUGUGCCCUCUUUCGGCCCCCCUAUCCCAGAGGGCGUGACCUUUCCCAAGUCCUCUGUGUUCCGGGACUUCCUGCUGGCCAAGGUCAUCAAUGCAGAAAAUGCUGCCCACAAGUCACACAAGUUCCGAGCCAUGGCCACCCGAACACGGCAGGAGUACCUGCGCGACCUGGCCGAGCGCCACACCACCAGCACACCCAUCGACCCCUCGGGAAAGUUUCCUUUCAUCUCACUGGCCCACAAAAAAAAAGAGAAGAGCCGUCCGUAUGGAGCGGCGGAGCUGCGCAGCCUGGGGGCGGUGACCUGGCCGGUCCAUGCUGAGGAUCACGGGACUGGAGGGGAACUGGAGGCCCUUCUGGCCAUCUCCAAUGACUUUCUCAUCCUGUUGGACCAGGAGGCCAAGGCCGUGGUGUUCAACUGUGCCACUAAGGAUGUGAUUGGCUGGACACUGAGCAGCCCUGCGUCUUUGCGGAUUUUCUAUGAGCGGGGAGAAAGUGUGUCUCUGAGGAGUAUCAGUAAUAACACUGAGGAUUUCAAGGAGGUGGUCAAACGUCUAGAGUUCCUGACUAAGGGCUGUGAGACAUCAGAGAUGACUCUUCGUCGAAAUGGCCUGGGACAGCUCGGCUUCCACGUGAACUAUGAAGGCAUCGUGGCUGAGGUGGAGCCAUAUGGUUACGCCUGGCAGGCGGGGCUACGGCAGGGAAGCCGAUUGGUAGAAAUCUGCAAAGUUGCUGUAGCAACACUGACCCAUGAGCAGAUGAUUGACCUCCUGCGGACUUCAGUGACUGUGCGUGUUGUUAUCAUCCCUCCACAUGAUGACGCCACUCCACGCAGGGGCUGUUCAGAGCUCUAUCGGCCUGUUUCAGACUACAAGGGCAGCAGCAGCGAUAGUGGUUCAUUUGAAUACAAGUUCCCCUUCCGCAGCAAUAACAACAAGUGGCAGAGGACGUCCAGCAGCCCUCAGCAGUCACUGACUGCCUCGCCUCAGCCCCACACGCCCAAUCGGGCUAUCAGCCUGGGUAGCUCAGUGGGGAAGACACUGUCAGCUGAGAGGCUGGAGAGGGGCGCAGUCAUCCCACGCAGUGUCAGCAGCGAUGGCCGGCCCCUGGACACAAAGAGGAUGUCUCCGGGUAGUGAGAGCUAUAGCCUGGCCUCCUCCCUGGCGUUGGGUCGUUCUCCUCACAAUCGAAGCUCUCCCAGCAACCUGUCUUGUUCCAGUGACACCUCCGGAAGCUCCGCUCACUGGAGACAGAAGUCCAUGCCUGAGCAGUUUGCAAGCAACCGGCACUCUCCGAUGUCUUCGGAGAGGCGAGAGGGGGUUGGAGAGGGCGGGUCCAGUGGAAAGUCGACUCCCAAUUGGUCGAGAAUGGAGGAGGGAGGAGGAGCCGAACGAGGGUCAACAGAGGCCCCAGUCUCUAAGUCUGGUCAAGGCUACUCCGGAGCUCCUCGCAUCCAGAGGCAGGAGCAGGUCAUCCACCUGUCCCCAAAGAAGGGCAGCCAGUCGGAUGGCCCUUAUUCUGGCCACUCCAGCAGCAACACUCUAUCCAGCACAGCGUCCAGCGGGGGCCACAGCGACAGCGAUAAAUGGUACGAAAUGGGAGCAGGUGGAGCCUCCGGCGGUGACCAGGGUGAAACAGAGCCCAACGGCCUGGGAGGAGGCGGCUACCUUCAGGGGGCGUCGGCCGACAGCGGCAUCGACACCAGCUCUUAUGGAGCCCCUCACCACGCUCACCCCCACUCUCAUCACGGCAGCACCACCUCCCUGCUAGCUCCCAGUGGAGGCCGAGAGAGCAGGGAGAGGUCAGUGUCUCCAUGGCAUAGCCCCACCGAGGGAGGCCGCAGGAUGUUGGAGAGGUCACCUGCGGCCGCUGAGUCCCCAGGCCCGCCAGGAGAAAGGAGUCUGGACGGGACAGGCCGAACCCCACCUACUCAUCUCCUUGUUAGAGACAGCAGCACCUACAGUCUGAGUGACGCUGGAUCACACUCGAGUGCCAGGCACUCAGGCCACAGCUCCCCAAGAGAGGAGUCCUCCUCAUCAGCCACCUCUCCUUCAUCCCAGUCCUCAGCAUCCCCUGGCCCCAAGAGCUUCUACCCCCGCCAGGGAGCUCAGUCCAAGUACCUGAUUGGCUGGAGGAAGCCUGGUUCCACCAUCAAUUCUGUCGACUUCGGGGACACACGCAAGAAAUCUCCAGGAGAGGGUGGAGUGGAGGUUAUUCCUACCCCAGCAGCCAGGCCUUCUCUUCGGGAUAUGCAUUCACCCCAGCCUCAUGCCAAAUCUACUAUGGAGGAAGAUGUGAAGCGACACAGCGCCCCAGACAGCCCGCCACCACCACCACGCAGACAUAAAGAAAAGCAUGGCCAGAAAUCACCACCAGGCAAGCCUCUCAGCCGCCACCGCUCACUCCAUCGUACCCUGUCAGAUGAGAGUAUCUAUCGUGGCCAGCGCCUUCCUUCCCUGAGUGACUCAAUGACUGAACCGGCACUCGGCACUGAUGUUCUGUUCAGCUGUUCCACCCUCCCACGAUCACCCACAACCCGUGGUGUUCCCCUCCGACGGCCCUCCUACAAGCUGGGAGUCAAACUCCAUGGUGACCUUUCAGCAUCUGACACAUCAUUGGUGGAUUUGGUGGAGCGUCAUCGUGGACCCAUUCCCCAGGAGCUGAUGCCCCUCCCGUCUUCAGACAGGGACAGCCCCUUGGAGUGGACACACCUGGUGGAUGUGGCCAGUACAUUUGAAAGUGAAAGAAACACACACUAUGUUCAGAGAAGUUAUGUGUUUGGAGAUUCAAACCACCGAAGCAGCGGUGCUUCCAGUCCGCAACAGCCCCACAUAGAGCUGCAGCCUGCUCCGUUGUCACGGCCGUCAUCUAGUGAGGGUCACAUAGGCCUGGAGAGGAAGGUGACUAAGCUGGAGGCCAUGGUGAAGAUGCUCCAGGAGGACCUGAAGAAGGAGCGUGAAGAGAAGGUGAGGCUUCAGGGUCAGAUCAAGAGGCUCUGGGAGGACAACCAGAGACUGCAGGAGGAGUCCCAGACGUCUGCUGCAAAGCUCAAGAAAUUCACAGAGUGGGUCUUCAACACCAUCGACAUGAACUGAGUCCGACCUGCGCAUUUCUACUUACACAUGCACUUCGUACACAAAUGCAUACAUACAUAGUCUGGACGGCGAGGCAGCGGGCAAUCGACACUGACAAGAAAUUGUGCACAAGAAAUAUGGAGACUUGUUGUUAGACCCAGUUAGCCUGAUGCUGAACCUUCUGACCAUCUUCCAUUGGGUUCAAACAUCAGUGGGUAAUAUUGUCAGCCAGUCUCAGUCUCCACUCCACUGUUAAACUUCUCAGGAUGAGACUUAAGAAAAAUGAGUGUCGUUUAUCUAAUUAUGAAGGACUGACCUCUACUUUCCAUUAAGACCAUGAAAGCGAUGCAGAAUUGAUCAUUCUCUCAUCUUCCUGUGCCAAAAUCUUUUUAGCAAAAAUUGCCAACAAAGAGGAAGUUCUUCCCCUCCCAACUCUUUCUAAAGGAGUCAGCUUUGCCUCAUCCUGGUGUAAACGUAAAGAAUCACCAGACCUCCCCUGCCAUGCUUUCCCAGUGGAAGUACUUUUUACAGACAAACUACUGUAGAUAUCAGGCCUUUUUAUGU